AAAUGGUAUACCCAAAACUGGGUGGAUUUGGAUACUAUCGAUGUAAGCAACCUCAACCGGCAGUUUCUAUUCCAGAAGAAACAUGUUGGAAAGUCAAAAGCUCAGGUGGCCAAAGAAAGUGCCUUAAAGUUCUGCCCUGAGGCCAGGAUUACAGCUCAUCAUGACAGCAUCAUGAACCCAGGUUAUAAUGUGGAAUUCUUCAGGCAGUUUACACUUGUGAUGAAUGCUCUGGAUAAUAGGGCUGCACGUAACCACGUGAAUAGAAUGUGUUUAGCUGCUGACAUUCCUCUUAUAGAGAGCGGAUCUGCAGGAUACCUCGGUCAAGUCACUGUUAUCAAAAAGGGAGUAACAGAAUGCUACGAGUGCCAGCCCAAACCAACACAGAAAACCUUUCCAGGUUGCACAAUCCGAAACACUCCUUCAGAGCCAAUCCACUGUAUCGUAUGGGCGAAGUACCUUUUCAACCAGUUGUUUGGAGAGGAAGAUGCUGACCAGGAAGUAUCACCUGAUACUGCUGACCCAGAGGCUGCCUGGGAACUGUCGGAUGCAGCAGCAAGGGCAGGAGCUUCCAAUGAGGACGGUGGCAUCAAACGUGUAUCUACAAAGGACUGGGCCAGAUCCACUGGGUACGACCCAGUAAAAAUAUUCAACAAGCUUUUCAGGGAUGAUAUAAAGUACUUGCUCACAAUGGACCAACUGUGGCGCAGGCGGAAAGCACCAGUACCAUUAGACUGGGCUGAAAUUGAAAAAUUUGAGACCAGUACAUCGCUGCAGCAUGCAGGGGCCUCACAGGCUGGCCUGAAGGACCAGCAGGUUCUGGAUGUGAAGAGCUACGCUUACCUAUUUGCACGGAGUGUUGAUCACCUCAAAGCCCGUCUGGCUGAGAAGGGAGAUGGAGGGGAGCUUGUCUGGGACAAGGAUGACCCCCCUGCUAUGAAUUUUGUGACUGCAGCUGCCAACCUACGGAUGCACAUCUUCAGCAUGAAUAUGAAGAGCAAGUUUGAUGUGAAAUCCAUGGCAGGUAACAUCAUCCCAGCGAUUGCAACCACAAACGCAGUGAUUGCCGGCUUGAUCGUGUUGGAAGGACUGAAAAUUCUCUCCGGGAAUCUGAAACAAUGCAGGACAAUCUUUUUGAAUAAGCAGCCCAAUCCUCGGAAAAAGUUGCUGGUUCCGUGUAUCCUGGACCCUCCAAAUCCAACCUGCUAUGUAUGUUCCAUCAAACCUGAAGUCACAAUCAAACUCAACACUCAGAAAGUCUCCAUCCAAGUGUUGCAAGACCGGAUUUUGAAGGAUAAAUUUGGGAUGGUAGCUCCGGAUGUGCAGAUAGAAGAUGGCAAGGGAACAAUCCUUAUCUCCUCUGAGGAGGGAGAGACAGAAGCAAACAACAACAAGAACCUUUCCGAGUUUGGGAUCCGCAAUGGAAGCCGACUCCAAGUAGAUGAUUUCUUACAGGACUACACUCUAACUGUAACCCUUUUGCACAGUGAAGAUCUGGAGAAGGACAUAGAGUUUGAAGUGGUUGGAGAUGCUCCUGAGACAGCUCCUCAAAAGCCAAAUGAGGAAGAUGGCAAGGCCAUAACCAAUGGCAGUGAUGAUGGAGCACAGCCUUCAACGUCGAAAGCCUCAGAGCAGGACGAUGUCCUUAUCGUUGACUCAGAUGAAGAGAUGCCCUCGUCCAGUGGAACGGAGACUAACAUGGAUAGCCGGAGCCUGAAGAGAAAACUGGAGGGUGAGGCAGAAAGUCUUGGUGUUAAGCGGAUAUGCACUGAGCAGGAAGAGGAGGAGGAGGAUGAUGUCAUUGCGUUGGAUUGAGCGACACGAUAACAACUCGUGCUGCUCUUGUAGUCGUAGCACCACACUGUGUCGUCAGUUAUGGUGGGCUGGGUGGGGGAAACGACGUCAGCACAGAACCUAACAAGCCACAGCCUUAAAUAACUGAUUGGCUGGUGGGGCGGGGGGGGGACUCCACCAACGGCUGAGAGAGUCACACCAUCCAGCAAGUUCUGAUAGCAAUGUCAACCACGUUGCUGGAUAUAAACUGAUACCCAAAUCUUCUGGUUUGCUGUACAAUAUAAUUCUGUUCUCAAGUUUUAUUUCUCUCCCCCCUCUUCCCUGGCUCUAAUGCUACUUACAGAAUUCGCUGUUAAAGUAUUAAAAAUGUUCCUGUUUGUACAACAGCGGCGACAUGUUUUGUAAAUUGCUGUAAACACUUCAUUUACCCCAAGCCUGUUUGUACUUCCUGAUAUUAUAGCCCCUUUAAUCAGAUCGAGGGGCUUUUCCUUGUGUCUUGUUACAGUUUGUAGUUAUUUAUACGUGACUUUUGUAUAACACAAAUAUCUUAACUUUUUUUGUUCACACUUUAAGUGGAUUUGAAUCAUCCCAAUGGUCAGGCUAAAGCUCCCAGUGCUGGGGUCCUGAGUCAGACUGCCUCCAGGCAAUGUCCACAGCAUGAUUCCUGGCAGAGUGGGAGUCGGAUUGUAUGGGGUGGAUAUGGGCUGAGAUGGGGACAUAGCAUUAUCAGAAGAAGAGUCACCUGCUCUGUAGUUUGGGGAGGGUAGAAGAAAAAUGUAAUUUCCAUUUGGACCGUUCUAGAACCUUUACUGAUCCAAUUGACCUGUUCAGUGUUGAAAGAGCGGUUACUGCGGAUGUGUAGCUAAAAGUAUUUUUGUAGCAAAUUGAGAUUGUCGUUUCAGUAGGUUUUUUGUAUCUGAAUUGACUGUAAAACGUACCGAAAAGCUUUGUUACAAAUGGCAAUUUUCAUGAUUAAAACAUUCACUGUGUA